AUGAAUGUUUAUUAUAUUUUUUUAAUUUUGAUAUUAAAAAAAAUAUAUUCUUGUAGAUCUUAUAUACCGAAAACAGAGGUGUGGAUAAAAAUGGGGUAUAAAGUAAAAAUUGAUAGAGAGACAAAAUUAAAUCGAACAAAUAAAAAUUAUUCAUAUAUUACUAGUUCAAAUAUUAUGAAAAUAAAAACCUCGGCUACAAAUAGAAUGAUAAGCCAAUCCAUUGAGGAAAAAUAUGGUUUAAGAAAAAACAAUAGGAUGAAUAAUUUAAAGAAUAAAAUAGAAAUAAAAAAGGAAAUACAAUAUGAUGCCCCUCCUAAAUUGAUAAACAAUUAUAAUUGUAAAAAUGUUAAUCCUAAUAAAAUAAGUAAAUCUUUUACUACUUUAAUAAAAAAUUACAAAAAUAAUUGGACCAUAUUAAAUGCUACACCAAAUGAUCUACAAUUAAAAUACUGUUUGCUGAUUGGGCAAGAAUUUCAUUUUAAACAAGUAGAAAAAUGUUCUUAUAUUGGAAUGGUAAAUAAAAAAAUUUAUUUAUUUAAAGAAACUUGUGAUAAAAUAUUAUAUCAAUGUUUAUUCGAUACAAAUAUGGAACUUUCGAGUAAUCCAAGUUGUAAUGAUUCAGAAAAAAAAAAUGAUGAUAUAGAUAUUUAUGAAUUUUUUAAUCUAUCUUUUCCCUUAGAAGAUCAAAUAAAGGAAUGGACAAAAAAAGACAAAAGAAUAGAAGAAAUAUCAAAUAAAAUAAAAGGUUUAAGAAUAUUAAAAAAUGAUUCAGUAGAAUCGUUUUUCUCAUUUUUAUGCUCUACUAAUAAUAAUAUACCGAGGAUAACAUUAAUGAUUGAUUGUUUAAGAAGAAGAUAUGGUGAAUAUAUUGCAACUGUGAUAUUUACAAAUGAUGAUAUAAUAAUAUUUAACGAAAAAAAUGGAGAAGAUAAGAAAAAUGAUGUAUCUAAGAUUAAGACAGACAUAAAAAAUGAAGACGUUUUAGAUAACUGUUUAGGAAGUUUAAAUAUACAAAAGAUAUCUAAAGAACGAUCCAGUGAAAAUAAAAUGUUUUAUGAAAAUAUAAAAACAGAAGUAAAAGAAGAAGGGAAAAAUAAAAUAUUUCAUUUUUAUAAAUUCCCAAGUAUAGAAACAAUAUCAAAUUUAAAAGAAUCUGAUUUAAGAAAUUUAGGAUUUGGUUAUAGAAGUGGAUAUGUUAUAGAAAGCGCAAAAAUGUUAAAAAAAUUAGGAGGUGAAGAAUGGAUAGAAGAUUUAAAAAAAGAAAAAAAAACGAAAGAAUGUAUAGAUAAGUUAAUAAAAUUCCCAGGUAUUGGGUUAAAAGUGGCUAAUUGUAUUUGUUUAUUCGGUUUAAACAGAUAUGAUUGUAUACCCAUAGAUACACACAUAUAUGAUAUUAUUUAUAAAUAUUAUAGAGAUAUAAUAGAUGAUGAUAUUGGAAAGAAUAAAAAUAAUAAAAAAUCUAAUACUCCAACUAAAUUAGCUGCCAAUAACGAUAGUAUUAAAAAAACAAAUAAAAAUUCGAAACAUACUAAACUCAGUGUAAAACCUCAAAAAAAAGCAUUAACUACAUCGUUAUAUAUAAAAUUAUUUACAAAGCUCAAAGAUAUUUUUGGCCCUAAUUGUGGAUGGGCACAAACUAUUUUGUUUGCAUCUGAACUCAAAAAAUUUACACAUUUAUUUUAG